AAAAAGCCGAAUAUUUUAUAUUUACGAAUAUUAGGAUCCUUAACUUACGUCCUUAUCCCUAAGUUAAGACGUAAGGGUAAAUUAGCCGAUAAAGCUAAUAAAGAGAUCUUAAUAGGCUUUAACUCGUCUAACAACUUCUUAGUUUACGUUCCUAGUCAAAACAGAGUCAUUAACUCUUAG